UGUCACGUGACCACCGCGGAUGUGACAAUUGUCAACUUUUUGUUGAUGCGGAAGAGAGACGACUAGCCUAAUUGUAGUUGUUAAUGAAACAUAAGCAGCAGCUAAGAAGAAGAAAUACAUUGCAGUUUUAAAGCGACAGGUUAAAGUUUGACCGACAUACCCAAAGCUAAUGGCCGGUGGUAAUUUACAGAAAGCUAUAGAUCUCGCCAGCAAAGCUGCAGCAGAGGACAAAGCCAAAAACUACGAAGAGGCGCUCAAAUUAUACCAGCAUGCAGUGCAAUACUUCCUUCAUGUUAUCAAAUAUGAGGCCCAGGGAGACCGAGCGGCGCAGAGCAUCAGAGCCAAGUGUGCCGACUACCUGGACAGAGCCGAGCAGCUGAAGGAAUAUCUCAAGAAGAAGGAGAAGAGUCCUCCGGCCAAACCGGUCAAAGAGUCUGAUGACAAAGGGGACGAAAGCGGGGAUGGGGACGACGCGGAGAAAAAGAAGUUUCAAAGUCAACUCUCAGGUGCUAUUGUCAUGGAAAAGCCAAACAUUAAGUGGGACGAUGUAGCUGGACUUGAGGGGGCCAAAGAAGCCUUAAAAGAAGCCGUGAUCCUGCCCAUCAAAUUCCCUCAUCUGUUCAAAGGAAAGCGAACUCCUUGGCGGGGGAUCCUUCUGUUUGGCCCUCCAGGAACGGGGAAAUCCUACCUGGCCAAGGCGGUGGCCACAGAAGCCAACAACUCCACCUUCUUCUCCAUCUCCUCCUCGGACCUUGUGUCCAAGUGGUUGGGGGAAAGCGAAAAGCUGGUAAAGAACCUGUUCACGUUAGCCCGAGAACACCGGCCAUCCAUCAUUUUCAUCGAUGAGAUCGACUCCCUCUGCGGCUCCAGGAGCGAGAACGAGAGCGAAGCAGCACGCAGAAUCAAGACGGAGUUCCUCGUCCAGAUGCAAGGCGUUGGAAAUGAUAAUGAGGGGAUCCUGGUCCUCGGAGCCACAAACAUACCGUGGACAUUGGACUCUGCAAUCAGGAGGAGGUUUGAAAAACGAAUCUACAUUCCUCUGCCUGAAAAGCACGCCCGCUCCUUCAUGUUCAAACUGCAUCUGGGCUCCACCCCCAACGAGCUGACGGAGGCCGACUUCAUCGCCCUGGGCGACAAGACGGAGGGCUACUCAGGGGCGGACAUCAGUGUUAUCGUCAGGGACGCCCUCAUGCAGCCUGUCAGGAAGGUGCAGUCAGCCACUCACUUCAAAAAGGUCCGCGGCUCAUCGUGGAAAAACCCCGAUGUUGUGGUGGAAGACCUCCUGACUCCGUGUUCGCCGGGUGAUCCCAACGCCAUCAAGAUGACGUGGAUGGACGUUCCCUCGGAGAAACUUCUAGAAGCAGUCGUGUCCAUGCCCGACAUGCUGAGGUCACUGACAAACACCAAGCCCACUGUCAAUGAGCAGGACUUGGACAAGCUGAAGAAGUUUACUGAGGAUUUUGGUCAAGAAGGCUGACAACACUCCCUCUCUACUCAUUAAUAAGACUGCAACAGGCGAUUGUUGUCGCUGGCGAUUAUGGGAUUAUUUGAUUAAUCUUUUGUCACAGGUUACUGGAGCCCGAGGGCGUAACUUUGGGUUCAAUUUCUGAGCGGGAGGGGUUUGAGAUCUCCACUUUUGAGGAAAAUGGAAAUUUUGAGCAUCUCAAACACUUCAUAUCCGGCAUUCUAGGGAAUUUUUCUGGAUCAAUUUAUGGUGCAAAUGUCUUUAAUUAUGGAAAGGAAUUUAGUAUUCGAUAUUGGGCGGGGGGGUUGCACUAGUAAAUUACUCCUAUAAAGUUCUUAGUUAAUAUGAUUAGCUGUCAAAAAUGCCCAAAGUGGAUUUUUUUUUAUAAUGUGAAGCAACAGAUAACAAGCUUAUAUUAAAGAUAACAUUUAUUUUAACUGGAUAAUUGACUAAAAUGAUUAAUCGAUAAUCAAAAUCUUAAUUGAUGCCGUUUUGGCCGAUCAAUGAAUCAACUGUUUCAGCGCUAUUUAUCACUACUAAUUUGUCUAUCCACUGAUGCUCAUGUUUACAUAUUUCUUUUACUUAAAAAAAAUUGUUCCUGUCUCAAACCAAAGUGAUAAUCUCCGUGUUUGAACAGCCUUACCUCCAUCUCCAUCUGCUCUAAGGUAUGUACAGUAGAUGGCGGUGCUACACCGGGUAAAUGCACAUUUUCAACACUAUAUACCUCUUAGUAUGGUCUAAUGGGGAUUUCAUUGCACUUAAGAGAAUCUGUUGCGGGGGAAUUUCUACUGUAAAAUGUAAGAGUGCUCACUCUCUUUUAAAUGUGUAAAUAACCUUUUACUGGUUAUUUUUAUUUCUCUAUAUACAAAGUUGUCAUCACCAGCUUCAGGGCCUUUGGGGUUUCUAUUGAGUCCUUACAUGUUAUAGGAAACAUAAAAUAUCAUACAAGCAUUUCUAAAUGAGUCUAUACAUACAUUUUCUACACUUCUACAGCUUUGACUUUCAGUCCUCGGUAGGGGGUUACUGUACGUUCGGAAUUACUCAAUGGGUUUGAAAUAUGUCUUCAUUCAAGAGUAUUUUUGGGGGGGUUUAGAGGUUAAAACUUGUUAAGGGGGUCCUUUGCACUUUUGUUGUAUCCUAUACGACUCAGGGUUAAAUAAACAUGAAACAAAACAA